CAGUCCUUGUGUUUAUUAGUGCAGCAUUUCCCACACCUGCUGCUGUAGAGGCCAGGGAGGACAGGAGCAGCCCAAGGUUCGCCCGAGCGCCGGCCUCGGCCACGCGCGCAGCGUCCCCGCUGCCGCGCGGUCACCUGUGUGGCCAGUGCCCCAGAGCGGCGCGCCCGCGCGCUAGUCACCAGCACCUCCAGAUCCAGCGACACAGAACCCAGGCACUCCCUGCUUCGCAUCACCCCGCGACACAGGCAGGACCCCAUUUCCGUCCUGAACCCCUGGCACGGGAUCGCCCAGGACUGCGCAGCAGGACGCAGCAGGUCUGGGAACCUGGGCUGUUGAUUUGGGCGGCACCUGCGGAGGGCUGUGUAACUUCUCCAGGCCUCCUGCCACUUUGGAAACUGCCUGGGACUGCGACAGCAACCCCUUAAGCCCCGCGGGCCGAGAGAGGGUGGGUUGGUUUGAAAGACACAAGGGGAAAAAAAUGUGUUGUGGGGCGGGUUUAGUUUCCCACCCUCUUCCCUUUCCCCGAGCAAAUUAAAAACAAAACAAAUAGAAAAGCCAGCCGGCCAGCCAACCAAAGCCCCAAGCCGAGCCCCAGCCGGAGCACUCCUUUAAAAGGAUUUGCAGCGGUGAGGGAAAAACCAGAUCGGACUGAGGAAUCCUGCUGCAAACUCAGGUGUACAUCUCUGAAGUAAGAUGAUUUGUCAGAAAUUCUAUGUGGCUUUGUUACACUGGGAAUUCCUUUAUGGGAUAGCUGCACUUCACCUGGCAUAUCCAGCUGCUCCCUGGAGAUUUAAAUUGUUUUGUGCACCACCAAACGCAACAGGGGACGCCUUUCUCUCACCUGCCGGAAUCCCCAAGAGGGCUUCGGCUUUGAGUGGGGGUUAUGAAGCAGACGUCGAAGCAAGCUUUAACGCAAGUGGUGUCUACGUGUCUGAGUCAUCCCAAACCGUUUUCCACUGCUGCUUGGGGACUGAGCGAGGUACAAACUGCUCUGUGCUAGCAAGUAAAACCGAAGGGAAGAUGCUGGCUUCAACAGUAAAGGCUUUAGUCUUUCGCCAGCUAGGUAUAAACUGGGACAUCGAGUGCUGGAUGAAAGGGGACUUGACCUUAUUCAGUUGCCACAUGGAGCCAUUGCUUAAGAACCCCCUCAAGAAUUAUGACUCUAAGGUCCAUCUUUUAUAUGAUCUGCCUGAAGUCACAGAUGAUUUGUCCCGGGCCCCCUCGAGAGACAGUUUUCAGGCCGUGCAGUGCAACUGCAGUGUUCGGGGCUGUGACUGCGAUGUGCCAGUGCCAAGAGCCCAACUCAACCACUCUCUUCUGAUGUAUUUGGAAAUGACAGCUGCUGGUGUCACUUUUCAGUCCCCUCUGCUGUCCGUGCAGCCCUCACUUGUCGUGAAGCCUGAUCCACCGAUAGGUUUGCAUAUGGAAAUCACAGAUGAUGGUAAUUUAAAGAUUUCUUGGGACAGCCCAACAGAGGCCCAGUUUCCACUUCAAUAUCAAGUGAAAUAUUCAGAGAAUUCUACAGUUACAAGAGAGGUUACUGAAGUUGUCUCGGCUCCAUUCCUGCUGGUGCACAGUGUGCUUCCGGGAUCUUCUUACGAAGUUCAGGUGAGGAGCAAGAGGCUGGACGACUCAGGACUCUGGAGUGACUGGAGUUUGCCUCGAGUCUUUUCCAUACAAGACGUCAUGUACUUUCCACCCAAAAUUCUGACAAGUGUUGGAUCGAACGCUUCCUUCCAUUGCAUCUACAAGAAUGAAAACCAAAUUAUUUCCUCCAAACAGAUAGUUUGGUGGAUGAAUCUAGCCGAGAAAAUCCCUGAAAUCCAGUAUAGCACGGUGAAUGACCGUGUGAGCAAAGUUACUUUUUCCAACUUGAAAGCCACCAGACCCCGCGGGAAGUUUGCCUAUGACGCAGUGUAUUGCUGCAGUGGGCAGGAGUGUCACCACCGCUACGCUGAGUUAUAUGUGAUCGAUGUCAAUAUCAAUAUAUCAUGUGAAACUGACGGGUACUUAACUAAAAUGACUUGCAGAUGGUCACCCAGCACAAUCCAAUCACUUGUGGGAAGCACUGUGCAGUUGAGGUAUCACAGGAGCAGCCUGUAUUGUUCCGAUAGUCCAUCUAUUCAUCCUGCAUCUGAGCCCAAAAACUGCAUCUUGCAGAAGGAUGGAUUUUAUGAAUGUGUUUUCCAGCCCAUCUUUCUAUUAUCUGGCUACACAAUGUGGAUCAGGAUCAACCAUUCUUUAGGCUCUCUUGACUCUCCACCCACGUGUGUCCUUCCUGACUCUGUAGUAAAACCACUACCUCCAUCUAGUGUGAAAGCAGAGAUUACUAUAAACAUUGGAUUAUUAAAAGUAUCUUGGGAAAAGCCUGUCUUUCCGGAGAAUAACCUUCAGUUCCAGAUUCGAUAUGGCUUAAAUGGAAAAGACAUACAAUGGAAGACACACGAUGUAUUUGAUGCAAAAGCAAAGUCUGCCAGCCUGCCGGUGCUGGACCUCUGUGCUGUCUACGUGGUACAGGUGCGCUGCAGGCGGCUGGAUGGAUUUGGGUACUGGAGUAAUUGGAGCAGGCCAGCCUACACGCUUGUCAUGGAUGUAAAAGUUCCUAUGAGAGGACCUGAAUUCUGGAGAAUAAUGGAUGGGGAUGUUACUAAAAGAGAGAGAAAUGUCACCUUGCUUUGGAAGCCCCUGAUGAAAAACGACUCCCUGUGCAGUGUGAGGAGGUACGUGGUCCAGCAUCGGACUGCCCACAAUGGGACGUGGUCAGAAGACGCAGGAGAUCAGACCAAUCUCACCUUCCUGUGGGCAGAACAAGCGCAUACGGUUACUGUUCUGGCCGUCAAUUCCAUCGGUGCUUCGCUCGCAAAUUUUAAUCUAACGUUUUCAUGGCCGAUGAGUAAAGUGAGUGCUGUGCAGUCACUCAGUGCUUACCCCCUGAGCAGCAACUGUGUGAUCCUUUCCUGGACUCUGUCACCUGGGGAUUACAACCUCAUAUACCUGGUUAUUGAAUGGAAGAAUCUUAAUGAAGACGAUGGAAUGAAAUGGCUUAGGAUCCCUUCGAAUGUUAGGAAGUAUUACAUCCACGAUAACUUUAUUCCCAUUGAGAAAUAUCAGUUUAGUCUUUACCCAGUAUUUAUGGAAGGAGUUGGAAAACCAAAGAUAAUUAAUGGUUUCACCCAAGAUGGUGUGGACAAGCAGCAGAGCGACGCGGGGCUCUAUGUGAUUGUGCCCAUAAUUAUUUCCUCUUGUGUCCUGCUUCUCGGAACACUGUUAAUCUCACACCAGAGAAUGAAAAAGCUGUUUUGGGAAGACGUUCCAAACCCCAAGAAUUGUUCCUGGGCACAAGGACUUAAUUUCCAAAAGCCGGAAACAUUUGAGCAUCUUUUCACCAAGCAUGCAGAGUCAGUGAUAUUUGGUCCUCUUCUUCUGGAGCCCGAACCCAUUUCAGAAGAAAUCAGCGUCGAUCCAGCUUGGAAAAAUAAAGAUGAGAUGGUACCAGCAGCUAUGGUCUCGCUUCUUCUGACCACUCCAGACCCUGAGAGAGGUUCUCUUUGUAUUAGUGACCAGUGUAACAGCGCCACCUUCUCUGGGGCUCCAAGCACCCAGGUAACUUGUGAGGAUGAGUGUCAGAGACAAUCUUCAGUGAAAUAUGCAACGCUCGUCAGCCACUCGAAAACGGUUGAAACGGAGGAAGAGCAAGAGCUUCUACAUGGCUCUGUCAGCAAGAGCAUCUCCAGCGAACACUCCCCACUGAGAGCAUCUUUCCCUAGCAGCUCCUGGGAGAUAGAGGCGCAGGCGUUUUUCCUGUUAUCAGAUCAGCAACCCAACACGAUUUCUCCACCAGUUUCAUCCUCGGGGUUGGAUGAACUUUUGGAACUGGAAGGGAAUUUCCCUGAAGAAGAUCCGAGUGAGAAGUCUAUCUAUUAUUUAGGGGUCACCUCCAUCAAAAAAAGAGAGACUGAUAUGUUUUUGACUGACGAUUCAGGAGUAUUGUGCCCAUUCCCAGCCCACUGUCUGUUUAGUGACAUCCGAAUCCUCCAGGAGAGUUGCUCACACUUUGUAGAAAAUAACUUGAAUUUAGGAACUUCCGCUAAGAAGACCUUCGUACCUUACAUGCCGCAGUUUCAAACCUGUUCUGCUCACAGUCAUAAGAUAAUGGAGACGAAGAUGUGUGACCUCACUGUGUAAUCUCGUUCAAGCAGUCUCUAGUGUUGUGUGCCCGUAGAGCGUGUCAUGUGUAACAUAUUCUUUUAUUGUUGUGGAUGUGGGAGACAAGCGUCAGAGUCUAGUGUGAAAAUGAUUGUUUCCAAAUUAAUUGUGUCGAUCUUCUCUCACUAACACAGACAAAACAGAGAAGGAAGACUUCAUGAGUCUAGCGAUGUAGAUGGAUUCUCAUUGAAUAUACUGUUAAGUAGACUGGGGUGGUCUCUUAUUUCUAAGAUCCCUGAGAUAUAAUUGUCUCAAGGGUGUUUUUUUUUUUUUUUUUUUUUGCCUUACCUUGAAUUGUUUUGUGUUGUGCAAAUUCACACAUGUGCACGUGCACAUUUAAACUGGCCAGGUGUCCUUGUGUGCUUCGGACGUGUGUGACGUGUUUGUACUUUGUGCCACCCGACUGUGUUCUUUGAAGUCUCCUGCCGUUAAAUGUUGAAUAUAACUAGAGAAUUGAAGAGGGACGGGUUAGCCCGUCACGUUGCAGCAAAGCCAGGAUCCGCGGCAAAGGAUACAAGUUUCUGUUAGAAUGACGGUUUCGUCACCAGCACGGGGAUGGCAGUGUGAGCAGCCUGGAGAGCAGGGUGCCAGCCUCAACUAGAGUACCCGGGAGUGAUUGUUUUCUGAGGGACUGCCAAAUGCCACUGCAUGCCUCUCUAGGGUCACCAUCGCUCCCUGUCUCCACCCGGUUGCUAGUUCUCCGCUCAUUGGCUAUCACUAGUUAAAGCACCCGCUGUACUCUACAAUUUGCAUGCUUUAACUUGCUUACUGCAAUAACUGCACGAGGGACAUGCUCCACAUUUUCGCUGUAUCAUUAUCCCCUGCCAAGGAUAAGGCCAUUAAGUCAUUUGCCCCAAGUUCCAGACUUAAUGAUUGAGGAACCAGAAUUCAGAUUUAGCUUACAUUCUUUUUUUUUUUUUUGACAGUGAUAUUUUCUCUUUUUUUAAAAAAAUCUUUAUUUAUUUAUUAUUUAUACAAUGUUCUGUCUGCAUGUAUGCCUGCAGGCCAGAAGAGGGCACCAUGUGGUUGCUGGGAAUUGAACUCAGGACCUUUGGAAGAGCAGGCAAUGCUCUUAACCUCUGAGCCAUCUCUCCAGCCCCUUAGCUUACAUCCUUUAAAUGCUACUGACUGAGUUUUAGACCUAGCUCUUACAUUGCCAUGCUUUGAAAUCAAAACAACUGAUCUUAUCAAAGAAGACCCAGUGAGAGGAAACAGGGUGAUGGUUGAAUAGUUGAGACCUAGUCUUGGACUUGAAAACCGAUGUGGGGAUGUAUUAUUUAUUUCAGUGUUUGAUGUAGCAAGAUGACUCAAAGACAGUCUAGCAAACAAGAAAUCAGGUUAAAAAAAAAAACCCCUGCACAUUCAGGUGUCCACUAUCAAGAAGAAUUCCAAGAGUAUCAGUAUCGUCAGAGUGAAUACAUUAGGGUUAACGGCAUGCUUAUGUACUGCCAAGCAUCAGCAGCCUUUCACGCUGACCUGAGACUGGGGUGUUGGUUUUACCAUCACCUUAAGUAGAUCCCGCCUUGCCAUAGCUUCAUGAUGGGCAGUAAUAAGUGAUAAGACAGAUCCUUCGCCGUAAUUAGAUUUUUUCCCCCCAGACUUCGUGUUCAAUGAAACUGUCAUAUGCCCUGAGUUGGUAAAAUGGCCCAGGAUCCUACCGUCAGCUGAUGCCUGUUCUGGCAUGAGAAGGCAGAAGAGCACAGUUGGUGUUCUGUGCAAAGAUACAGGAAAAUUUUUGUUUCCACUGGUUUUCAGUAAUAAAUUAUUACAUGUUGAAAUUGAAAUCUAUCACUUUUAAUAUUUGCCUAUUGCUAAAGCCUAUUAAUUGAAGGUACAGUAUAGGAGAGAUGCGAAAUUUAAAAUUUUUCUCACUCAGUGUAUAACUAGAGAUUAACCACUGGGCAUGUCUGCUGGGAUAGCGUCGGUUUGGGCUUUCUGGGCCCAGAUCAGUGCGUAAGAGAAACCAAUGGAUAUUUUCUUCAGCACAGGAACGAAAAUGGUGUGUGGGUGCCAGUGAAUUCAUAGAUCCAACAGUCAUUGAAAUGCUGCGGGUUUGAGCUAGAGGAAUCUAGGGACAGCAUAUGAAUGUGAGUGCGUUGAUACUGUGCGCAUUUGGGCUAGAGGAGUCUAGGAAGAGCAUAGGAAUGUGAGCUCAUUGCUGUGCUGAGAUGAGUUUCCUUCUAAAAACACAAAUCACAUUGGCAAGAUUGACUGACAUUUGCCAUCAUAGUCAGAUCAGAACUGAGCUGCAGGCUUUGGCUUAUGGGUACCCACAGAAUAAUGUUAAGUUUAUUGCCAGUGACUUGGGUUCUGAUUUCCACUUAAUGAUUUCACUAUUGCUACAUGCUAGUCACUGGGUCCUUGUGAAAAUGGUUGCUAAAUCAAGUUUUGUAAAAUUUAGGGAAAAUAUGUGAUGUUUGAUAACUCAGAAUAAUCCCACUUUUCUUUCCAAGGCUCCUAUAAAUGUUUAAGGGAUCAAAAAGUUCAAUAUGAAUUUUGGAGUUUUGUUUUUCAGUAGUUUUUGAACUUAUCUUUGGUGUUUGGAGUUAACCCCAAGCCUCAUGCCAGCCUGCCAAGAGCUCUAAUUCACUGAGAAACAACUUCCACACUCGACCUCUAAAAUCUUGUGAUGAAAUUGGACCGUGGGAGCGCAUGCCUGUCAUUCCAGCCCUCAGGAGGCAGAGGCAGGAGGAUCUCUGAGAUCAAGGCUAGCCUGGUCUACAGAGUGAGUUCCAGGAUAGCCAGGGCUACACAGAAAGACUCUGUCUUGAAAAACCAACCAAUCAACCAACCAAGCAACCAACCAACCAAGCAAAAAGCAAACAACCCAAAGAGCAACAACAAAAUAAACCUGCGAUGACUGUGGAGUUUUGACUAUGUCUUUUAAAGGUCUCAAACUGAAAAACAACCACUCUCUUUAAAUUCAAUUAUAGAAAGUGAAUCCAUCGUGUGAGCCAUGGCUCACUCCAAACAGUGAGAAGAGAAAUCAUGUGUUAGGAGUGGCAGGAUUUUAUGUCUCCUAGAUCAACACCCAAACUCCGAAGAACAAAGAUGAAAAACCAGAAGCCACACUGUCUCUCUGAGAGUCGGGCUCCUAAUACAGCCUUAUGCUCCAUCUAUAGAUGCUCUGCAUUUGACAAGCGAGGUCCCUUUCUUUCUGAAAAAAGAUUUGGGUAAAGUUCCCAAGCCAGUGGGAGAGCCUGGACUUGAAGUUAGGAUAUCUACCCUUUGCCUUGUCAAUCUUGCAAUUCUUCUCAUACUUUUCCUGUAAAAUUAACCCCUUUCUUGCCAAUGCCAAGCAUAUGUUCACAUCCCUCUAGUAGUGUUGACAUUAGCUACCGAGAGCCGCGGGAAAAUAAACUUUAGGCUGGAAGAAUUGAGAGGCAUGCACACAGGGACGUGGGCAGCAGACUGACGAAUCAAGAGCUGCUGCGUCUACAGCUCUAUGUCCCUUCCAGUGGAUGUGAGCAGAUCUCUGAUACCAGGUGACUCUCAAGGAAAUUUAUCUUUGUUCAUCCUCCAACACUCAUCUUAAUAGUUGCUCUAAUGCUCUGAAGUAGUUUCUCGGAAAAACCCGUUCCCGGACUUUAAAGCACAAAAUGAAAAUGGCGCACCGUAGCUUGAUUAAGCUGAGGCUGCAUGCAGGUGGGAAAGCCGUUGGUGUAGUUACAAAACCUGUGAAGAGCCAUCUGUGAGACGGAGGCAACCCAGGCAGCGAGUUUACUCCCUUGAGCCUCGAGUUUGUAACAGUCAAGGCUUCUGCACGCAUCGUCAAUGUUGAGUGAGCAACUUAAACUCCAACGGGUUACAACUGAGACACUGUGACACGUGUUUCUAUGAGCAACCUGAAAUGGAUUCCAUGGAUGGGGUUUGUAUCGAAUGAAUUAUUUUUAUAUAAAAUUUAUCAGUAUUUAUUUUGGAAAGUUGCACUUGAAAAUGUCUAUUUUUCAAACUACACAGAGCAGAAGAUGCGUGACACUAAAUUUCAAUGUUAUAAAGAUCUAAGUGGGUUUGUUGUAAGUAAAAUAUUUAUCCAAAAAACACGGACCUGAGAAUGAACUUGGAAGAUGUUUAAUUUUGUAGUGAGAUUCCUAUAUUGUACAUCUUCUACUCUUGGAACUUGUGUCUAAGUUCUGGGCAAGGAAGUCUUUCUGUUUCAUGAGAAUUUGUAUGAUAAUAAAUGUUAUAAACCUAA